CCCUCAAAAAAAAAAAAAAAAAAGGACGUAGCCUCCCGGGGAAAGAAAAACAUUUAGCCCCGCGCCCCCUCAGCCUUCAAUCGUAAACAAACCUCGAGAAAGAUGGCGCCGCGAGUCCCUGACGAAAUAGACGUUUUCACCGUCCCGCACUCCAGGAUGAAGGAACUCGUUAAUAUAUACACACAGAAGAUGCAGUGUGUGGACUUCCGGGACGGGUCAGAGGUUGUGUCGUUAUUGCAAGACCUAGACCUGACCUUGUACGAGUUCAAGUCACAUGAAUCCAUUGAGAACAUCUUCAUCAUGGAUCAGCUGAAGAAUCGGCUCAAGCAACAUCAGAUCCAGAACACAGCUGUCUGCGAUUGCCACAAUGACAACAGACUUUCUGAUAUGGUGCGCCUUGUCCGGACGGGCACAGAGGUGAAUGAGAGGAGCAUUGGCGAGAGGCUGAGGUUUGGUUGUGAGCUUCAGGAGGCCUUCAAGGACUUUGUUGGGAACUUCUUGCCACACAUGGAGGAGGAGGAGGAAGUGUUUCAGCCAUUGUUAGUGAAGUAUUUUGAAUAUGAGGAGCUAAAGAUCCUGAAAGAAAUAGUCCUGAAGGAGCAUGAGCUAGUCAAGGAGCGCCAGUCACAAGAGAAAGCACAAGAGGAGGAACCCGAGACCAACCGAAAUGUGAAGGUUCUGCGAGACCUAAACCUAGACUUUUGCUCCCUCUGGGAUCCCUGUGAGGCUGAAGGACAAUGCCACAAACUUGAGGAUGGAUUCAGAGAUGACUGCUUGUCUAAGCAAGGCUAUGACCAAGUGUGUGCCUCUCCAACACUUGAAAUACCACCACAACAGGGAGACUACCCCCCAGACUUGGAACCAGUUACAGCGCUAAGCGUCCCCACGGAGAUUCUUCUUGAGAUUUUCAGCUACCUGAGUCCUGCUGAAUUAGGACAAUGUGCUCAGGUGUGCUGGGCCUGGAACAAUGCUGCCUUCUCACCCCCUCUGUGGAAGGCUAUAUACCCUGUGCAAUGGGCCAGAGGAAUUUGGAAGUGGCACGAUGUGGGUCUCACCCAUGCACUUGAGGAUGCUGCAUCUGGGAAAGUCUCAAGAUACCUUGAAAAGUGGGAUGAAGAUGCCGACAUUGAUGAAUCCGAGGAAGAGCGAGACCCACAGGCAGAUAAGGAAUGUUUUGUGAUGGAAAGCCUGGUGAAGUGGGUCCUGCCCCGGGUAGGAGCAGCGGUGAGCACUCUAGUUCUGGACACUGGCCGAGGCAUCACUUCCCGCCUCCUGCACAAUGCCCUCCUCCUCUGCCCGGCCAUUGUAAACCUCUCGGCCGCACACACACAAAUUGACUAUUAUUCCUUUAAGGGAUCCAGAUUUGAUAUAUUUGAUAUUCAUUUUGUUCUGGAUGUGGAUGAUCAUUUUGAUGACAAUACUCAGAAGAAAGCUCGAAAGAAGAACCCUAUGCCUUUCCCCCAGGAAAAUGUCCAGAGAAAUGGCAUAUCCAGUGCUGGUCUAAGAGCAAAUGAGCAAGACAUUGAAGAGAUUUGCUGUUACAUGGGAAACUACAGCUCACCCCCAGGUUUGCAGGGAAACUUUUCCUGCAGAAGACCAGAGUAUGAAACAAGAAGUGUGAAUACCUGUAAUUUUAUGCAGCAGAGUUUCUAUGACCCAAGAUAUGAGGAAUUUGAUAAUGGUGUGAGAAAGAUACAGCUUACUAGCUUGAACCUCUCAGGGUGCUGGAGAGUGACGGAUGAGGGGCUGUUAGCACUGCUGGACAGUGGUAUAGUAGUGGACAUUUCACAUUUAGAUGUUAGCGGAUGCUUUCAGCUUACCGGAAAAGGCCUGGAGAUAUUCACAGAAACCUGCCCUUCCUUACAGCCAGAAAAGCUGUCAUACUGUGACAACAUCACUGAUGGGCCCUACCCAAAUUUAGCCAAUGGAUGUGCAAAUCUGUGCAACCCACUGAGAGUUUGCUGUCGAAAUGGGAGGUGAAGGGAACACAUUGCAAGAGUUUCUAUAAAGAAUUGAAAAAAAUUAGGUCACAAAACAAUCCAUUUCUAUGAGCUCUUUCUGGCUGUUUUCGGUGAUGCAUAGCAGUCUUCUCACAACACAAUACCACACCUUAAGAAAAUGUGAAAAAACUCUGUAGUGAAAAUGCUCGCUAACAGUUUACUUUAUUACAUGUUUCACCGUCAUUUGGAACCUAAGUGUACUCACAUAUGGUUAUCAGUAGGAUAGACAUUUCAGUCAAGCUUGCUGAUAAGAGACUCCAUCCAGUUCUAAGAAAUAGAUGUAGAUUUUUCUGGAAAGUGGAUUUGCUGCAUACAAGCUUUUUCUCUGGUCUCGGCUUCACGUUGUUAUUUCUUAAUGUCUGGGAUGCAGGAUAUAUUUGGAUAAUGGUUCUUAUGUUGAUUUUUUUAUUAUUAUUAUUAUUUUUAUUAUUAUUAAUAAUAAUUUUUUAUUAUUAAUAUCAUUUUUAUUAUUAUUUGUGCACAUGGGGUAGGAUUCUUAUAUUCAAAUUUACUUCCUAUUGUCUUCUAUAAUUCAAAGUUAUUUUUGCUUAAUUUUUAGCUCUGUGGAUUUGUAUGAUAUAGAUGAUUUCAUUUUUUAAAAACAAAUGAUUGUCAUAUUUUGUCCUUUGAUUGUUAAGAAAAAACACACACACACACACACACACACACACACACACACACACACACACACACACACACACACACACACACACACACACACACACACACACACACACACACACACACACACACACACA